AUGCCUCGGCCGGCAGUCGUCAUCGCCGCCCUCGUGCCCGCGCUCGCGGGUGCUCAUAGCUUCUGGAUCGAGGAGGCGACCGUGGCCAGCAUCCAGCUAGGCUUCAACAACGGGAGCCUCACCUCGGUAGAGCUCGUCCGAUUCUACCUGGACCGGAUCAGCAGCCUCAACCCGCUGCUGCACGCCGUCAUCGAGGUCAACCCGGACGCCCUCCGACAGGCGGCCGGCGCUGACGUUGAGUGCUGCUCCGGCCGCCACCGUCGGGCCAGGGGCGCGCUGCACGGCGUGCCCGUCCUGCUCAAGGACAACAUCGCCACGCGCGACGUGCUCAACACGACAGCCGGGUCGUUCGCGCUGCUCGGCUCCGUGGUGCGGCGGGACGCUGGCGUGGUGCGCCAGCUGCGCCACGCCGGGGCCGUGGUGCUCGGCAAGGCGAAUAUGGACGAGUGGGCCAACUUUCGCAGCUUCUCCGGCGGCGGCUGGAGCGCCCGCGGCGGCAAGGGCGGGAACCCCUACGUGCUGUCGGCGACGCCGUGUGGGUUGAGCACGGGAUCAGCGAUCGCCGCGGCGGCGAGCAUGACGGCGGUGACGCUGGGAACGGAGACGGACGGCUCGAUACUCUGCCCGGCGUCGCUGAACUCAGUGGUGGGGAUCAAGCCCACGGUGGGGUUGACCAGCCGGGCUGGGGUUAUUCCCAUCACACCACGCCAAGCCUCAACCGGCUGGCAUAAUAAAGAUAGGCCGAUCUGCGGCACGGUGGCUGAUGCGGUCCACGUGCUGGAUGCCAUUGUUGGCUAUGACCCAGUUGACGCUCCAGCCACAAUGGCGGCUUCCAAAUACAUCCCUCCUGGUGGAUACACACAGUUCUUGAAGAAAGAUGGGCUUAGAGGGAAGAGAAUCGGCGUUCCUAAUGGCUUCUUCAACUUCCCAAAUGGUAAUGUGCAGCAGAUGGUCUACACGCAACAUCUCAACACAAUGAGGAAACAAGGUGCAAUCGUUAUUGAGAAGCUUGACAUAGAGAAUUUAAGUGUCCUAUUGGAUUCCCAAAACAAUGGCCAACAGAUUGCAUUACCAGCAGAGUUCAAGUUAAGCCUCAACUCCUAUCUGUCAAACGUAUUACAUUCCCCAGUUCGGUCGCUUGCAGAGAUCAUAGCUUUCAACAAUGCACAUCCUGUUGAGGAAAACAUGAAGGAAAAUGGUCAAACUGUAUUCCUGGUGGCUGAGAACACGACUGGCAUCGGUGCCUUGGAGCGAGCGGCGAUUAGACAGUUAAACAAGUUGUCCGCCAAUGGAUUGAAGAAGUUGAUGAGGGAGCAUGAGCUAGAUGCCAUCAUGACACCUAAUAAUGCAGCAUCUUCGGUGCUAGCCAUCGACGGCAUGCCGGCCAUCACCGUGCCGGCCGGGUAUGGCAAGCAGGGGGUGCCGUUUGGUCUCUGCUUUGGCGGGUUAAGAGGUUACGAGCCAAGGCUGAUCGAGAUGGCAUAUGCCUUCGAGCAGGUCACCAUGGUCAGGAAGCCGCCUACGUUCUUGCCAUAGAACUGACAAUGCGGAAAGGUGGUGUUGGAACUUAUUUAUUUUUGUGUCACAAUAUUUA